UUUGAUGGUGGUAUGUUCUUGAAUAUACUAGGAGGAUUAUAUGAACUUGGAGACAUUAGAGACUCGCUUGCAUAUCCUGAUCAGACGUCCUUCUCAGAAUAAUCAUAACCAACAAUAUUCACAAGUUGUCAAUUCUUCUUCUUCUGUUGGAACAAUGAUUCCAACUCCUGUUAUGCCUCAAAGCAGUAAUCCAAGCAUGAUGGCAACAUCCUCCAUGGACUCUUCCGUAAUUGUUACCAAUGGAGGCAAUGGAAUUGCUGCUUCUGCUCUCAACAAUGGAAAUGCAUUGUCAUAUGGGUCGUUGUCUAAUAUGCAUCAACAGUCAUCUACAAAUUUUUCAAUCAAUCCCAUUACGAACAUGUUACAACCAUCAACUGAUUUACAAAGAAUGUCAAGCCAUAUGAUCCUUACACCAGGAUUUAAUAAUAACAAUAAUCAGUCAUCCAUGAACUUGGAACCUCCCAAUGGUUCUAAUGGAUUUUCAAAUGCUGAAGCUACAAUAAUGUCACAAUCAGUACAACAAAAGCAUCAUGUUGGUGGUCAGAACAGCCGUAUACUGCAGAAUCCUGGAAGCCAUUUUGGUGCUGGUAUGAGAUCUGUUGUGCCGCAGAACUCUUAUGGGUUCCCUAAUGGAGGUUUAGGUGGUGGUUUUGGUGCAGUAGGAAAUAAUAUGCAACUAGUUAAUGCUCCUGGAACUUCUGAAGCCUACUCAAAUGCCACACCUUAUGGGCAAGAUAACAUCUUACAAUCGCAGUACCACCAACAAUUUCAGCAGCAGCCUAAUCAGUUUCAACAUCAACAAUUCAUCCCGCACCAACAACAGAGGCGACAAAAUCAGCAGUCCCAUAUUUUGUUGAGAAAUGAUAGUUUUGACCAAUCUCACCUGUUAUCUAAUGUAGGAAGCCAACAGAAAUGGCUAUUGUUUAUGUGGCAUGCUCGUGGAUGCAAGACUCCAGAAGAGGAAUGCCCUGAAGCUUACUGCAUAAUGGCUAAGAAACUCUGUAGGCACAUGGACAUGUGCAACAACUCCCAAUGUGUUUUUUCACUCUGCAUUGCUACCAAUAAGUUGAUCAAUCAUAACAAUCAGUGCAGGGACCCAGAAUGUCCUGUUUGUAUUCCAGUUAGGAGAAUUUUGGAAAUGCACCAAAAAGCUGGGGAACAUUCAGAUGUGAAUUCUGAAGUGCAACGUUCAGUUGGUGGGAUUUGCAAACCCUCUAGUGGUGGAAAUGCAUUUUUUAAGCCAGCUCCACUAUUUGUUGAUGCUUCUGAAGAUAGACAACCUUCUUCAAAACGCAUAAUGCUAGAGACAAAACAUGGUAUAGAUCAUCCAACUUGUAAUACUUGCAUGCCAGUGAAACCUGAGGGGUCUGGAGUGAAGGGACCUUUCCGUGGAGAGUCUCACUCAAAACAUGGUCUAGAUAAUCCAACUAUUAAUACUUGCAUGCACCAAAAAUCUGGGGAACAUUCAGAUGUGAAUUCUGAAGUGCAACGUUCAAUAGACAACCUUCUUCAAAACGCAUAA